AUGGCCACGCUACGCGCAAUUCAGAGGCUGCACCUCUCGGAUCCCUAUGCUGAGCUUCCGGUAAAAAACCACAAAUAUGUCAAGAAUUGCACGGAGCUUUAUAUGGCUAACAAGCACAUCGCCAAAAUUGUGAACUUUGAGGCAUUUAUAAACCUUGAAGUACUUUGGAUAAAUGGUAAUCAGCUUCAGGAGCUUGAUGGACUGGAAAACUGCUUUCGUCUUAAACAGCUUUACGCUCAAGAAAAUUGCAUUCGCUCUCUUGAUGGAUCGUCGCUGCCGCACCUUAAAUUUUUACAAGAACUUCGAUUACAUGAUAACAAGUUGAACGAUCUGCAAGUCACUUUAAAAGUGUUAAGUCGAUUAUCAAACUUGCGAGACCUCGAUUUGUUUGGCAAUGCCAUUGAAGAAGAGAAGAAUUACCGUUUGCAAGUGAUUCGAGCUAUUCCAUCACUGAAUGUCUUAGAUCGACACGUCAUUACGCUUGAGGAGCGCACAAGAGCCUUGAGCCUGCAGCUUGAAGAUGGAGCUGCUUUAAACGAAAAGAAGUGCAAGAAGGAGCUCUCCGGCUCAACAUCUCAAGCACUAUCAGGAACCGUCAGGAUGCUUUUCAGAGAGGUGGAGGCUAUCAAGAGGGAGCAGCAAAAAGCUUUAGAAAAACUCCAGCAAGAGUCGCUGGAGCUGAAAUUAGUUCAGAAUUCAGUAAAUCCCAGGACGCCCUUCUUUAAACGAGCCGUCAAUCAUGAUGACUCUGACAAAAUUACUGGUUUGGAUCAUUAUGAAGUUUCAGCACUUAAAAAGUACUUCGAGUCAUAUGAAGUGGUGAAAAAUGGGUAA